AUGACUGAAGUGGUAAGUGUGGUAUGACCUUUGAGAAAAUUAUGUUUAGGACGGGGAAACAAUUGAUUCAGCAAGAGAAACAAAAAUCGACGGAGAACAUGAGAACAAGAAGACCAAUAAAGUAAGCAAUCUCGGGGUUCCAGGAUUUGUAUUUUAAGCUCGACUCCUUGCCAAAGGAGUCAUUGAUAAAUCUACUCAAAAAACAAGUAACCAUCACCAAACAGCUAAAGCAGCAAGUGGCAGAUACCAAGAAGGAGGUAUGUGCAAUAAAAUUUUGUUAAAGUUCCUUAAUUUUAGUUAGAUGAUUUGCGCACACAGGUCAAAAAUACAGAAAAUGUAAGAGAAGUCAUCAUUAUCAAGCAUAAAGUUUAGAGAGACAAUACAGUCAUCCAAUUGGAGUUAUCAGAUUACAAAAAGAGUUUGGAACAGAUUAAGAAGAAGCUGGAGGUGUCUGAAACAUCAUUGGCAAAGAAGGAUGGACUGUUAAACGAGGUAGUGGAAAAGAUGAAGACCCUCACCGAACAAAAUAUGGCAUUAGAAGACGAAAAACAAAACUUGGAAAAGGAAAUCGGUAGACUAACAGCUGAAUCAAAAGGUAAAGUAAUAUAACUCGAGGGGUUAGUUAUUUCAGUUUAUGAUUAUGACCAAAAUAUUUCAGAAAAAGACCUCAAGCUCGAAGAAAUCGAUAGGAAUGCUGGAGAUUUGAAGAAAAUGUCCGAUGAAAAAGAAAAAAAGAUUGUUAAUCAACUUUCGGAAUUCAAAGAUACAAUUGAACGGCAGGGAAAAGUACUGGAAGAAACCAGAACAGUACUACAACAUACUAAGGAAGAAAAUGUGAAUCUUGUGAGGAUUAACCAAAGAAUCGAAGACAGUCUUGAGUCGGUACGAAACGAGUUUAAAAAAUAUAAAGAUCGGGCCGAGUUUCUUUUAAGUAGUCAAAGUGACAAUGCUAAGAGUAAGGUCAAUGACGGGUUUGAAUUGGAAGAAAUGUCACGACAGUUAGCUCAGAGGAAUAGUGAGCUCGCCGAAUUGAAGUAAGCGGCCUUUAUUCUGUUUAUAUUCAUUUAGUGAUAAAAUCAUCCACAUUCAACAUGAACUCAACUCUCAAAAAGAAAGGAAUGCAGCAUUGAAAUCAGAAUUAGAGGACUCCAGGAUGUCAGUUACUCUGAUCCAGAAGGAUUUCAAUGAACAGCGAAAACGAAUUGUAAAUGAAUAUGACGAAAGAAUUAAAAGUCUGACCUCCGACAACGAUAAAUUGAGGUUGGAGUCGAUCGAUUGGAGAGAGCGGGCUUUGAAAAGUCAGGCUCAGACACCGGUGGCAUCAAAUAUUGAGGAAAUCAAAGAGUUAAAUAAGCAAGUUUCCCUCCUUAAAGAUGAAAUACUGACGUACAAACAGAGGGAGAUGUCUAACGUCGUCGAAACCCCGCGUAUGAUGGUAGGUGCCAUCAUAUUCUGUUUAUUAUAUUUCCAGAACUAUGAAUGCCAUCACAAGAAAAGUGUUCCCAACCCUAUCAACUUUAAUAUCGAGAGUUACUACCAUGGGAACCCUCAAGAUGGGUUUACAGAGCCUGUUCAUAGGCCCGAAGGAGAUCUGGUUAAAAGUCUGAAGAAUGUUCUGGAGGCGCGCAACGAUGACGAAACCGCGUCCACCCUGAAUUUUGAGACGUAUUCGUUGUCCGAUUCCUUUAUGCUUGAACCGGAGAUCGCGGCUCAACAAUUGGAACACAUGAAGGAAUUACUGCAAGAUACAGAGGAGACGAAUGCCAAGUUAGAAGAUCAAGUUAGAGUGCUAAAAGAGGAGAUCAGAAGAAGUGAGAGAGAAAAGGAGAGAGAAAAACAUCUCGCUAAGAAUACCGAGUACCUCAAAAAUGUUGUCAUCAAGUUCUUGGCCCCAGAGAAGGUUAAUGAUGGCCGGACUCAGCUCUUGCCAGUCCUCUGUACCCUUCUUAGUCUAACUCCUCAGGAGAAAGAUAAGAUCCAGGAGUAUCUGAAGUCCCAGGGUGUCCAGGAGUCCACUCACCCGCCUUCCGAAUGGUCUGGAUACUUUGGGCCUUUGUCGGGGAUCUUCUAA